CACAAUGUCAGUUUAUUGUGUUCUGGGAGUGUUUAUUGACGGCAAUAAAAUCAAUAUUGAAAUAUUGAAAUUGGAUCCUUGACAUUUAUUGAAAGAUCAAGAGCUGUACGUGAUGUGGGUAGCUGUGUACUUCUUCUACCAUAGAGUAAGGACGAAUUCUAUGCAGAAUCAUCAUCAUGGAAGAGAGCUUUGAACAUCGUUGAACGAAAAAUGCACGGUCUGUGUAGGCCUAUCUCAACCAUGAAGGUAUGCUUGUGUUUGUGUAAGUGAGACCUCCACUUUCUGAGAGUUCAAAACUUCUAUCUCAAAGAAGUCUGGAAAACCAUCUUGUACAAUGGGAUGUGGUGCAUCAUCUCCUGCUCCAAUUAAAACCCACAACGAUACCUAUGGUAGAAGACACGGCAAGUUAAAUUACCGAAAUAAUUAUCAGCAAGGUAAUCAACCGCAGAACCACCAACCGCAACUGAUCUCCUUCUCUUCGAAUUCCAGUCCGAAUUACUGGUAUCCGAACCAGCCACCAGGGUUAGCCAGUUACAAUCAUGGCAUCGCUGUCAUCAAUCCUCCUCUGGUUCGACCAGCUAAGAGUGAGACAUCGGCACCUCCGCUUCCAGCUGGGAUGAGAACCAAGACAAAUAGUUCCACGACGAAACCAGCAAUUAAAACAAAAAAAUCAAGAACUUCACCGAAGCCGAAACCAACGGGAAAGAAAGUAAAGUCAAAAGACCCGAGCUCUAAGUCGGUAUCACAGCCAGCAGGAAAUGGGAACGCAUAUUUGUCGAUUGAUAAAGAUGAGGCGGAGCUUUGGAAGACGGGGGAACUUUCUGGAGAACCUGAACCUGUGGAAGAGCUAGAGGAACCACACCCGGAUCAUGCACUUAUUCUUGGAGUGACAGAGGAUUAUGAAGCGUUUAAGAAGAAAUUUAAAAGCAUUUCAGACGGCAAGCUAUAUGAAGAUCCAGAUUUUCCAGCCGACAACUCUUCUCUCUUUCGUGACGAGAACAAAAAUGAUAACACUGAAUGGAAGAGGCCAUUUGAAAUAUGUGAUAAGCCCAGGAUGUUUGUUGACGGUACGAGUCGGGAAGACGUCGUCCAAGGUGAACUCGCAGACUGUUGGUUCCUGGCUUCAUGUGCUGGGAUUGCUCCACAUAAGGAUCUCAUUAAAAAGAUAAUCCCAGAGUACCAAUCCCUCUGUCCGCCAAACUACAUCGGAGCCAUUCACUUUCGAUUUUGGCGAUUUGGUCGAUGGGUCGACGUCGUAAUUGAUGACAGGUUACCGACAAGAAACAACAAGCUAAGAUUUGCUUCUUCGAGUGAGACGAAUGAGUUUUGGCCCGCACUAAUGGAAAAGGCAUAUGCAAAGUUAAACGGGACGUACUUGGGUCUUGCUGGCGGGAUGGCAGCGGAUGCUUUUGUGGAUCUAACGGGAGGACUGUCGGAAGUCUUCUUAUUCACUCAGGAAAGCGUCUCCCCAGAUUUCUACUGCAUGCUCUACCAGGGAAUUAAGACGCAGGCCUUUCUGUCAUGUUCACAGAAGAAUCCAAACUGGAAGAACGUGACGGCAGAUGACUCUGGGAUUGUCUCGGGUCACGCUUACACGAUCACCGAUGCUCAGGUUGUUCAUCUUGAGAAGAAGAAGAAAGUUGUGAAGCUGUUGAGGGUUCGGAACCCUUGGGGAAAUGCUACGGAAUGGCAAGGCGACUGGAGCGACAAUUCCUCAAUGUGGAAGAAGAUUUCAAAAACCGACACUAAAAAACUGAACCCCCAGCAGAAGGAUGAUGGAGAGUUUUGGAUGUGUUUUGAAGAUUUUUGCAAGAAGUUCAACUCGAUUAUAAUGUGUACACUGGGACCUGACUUUGAUGGUGAUGGAACAGCAGAUAUGAAUGAAGCAGGUGGUGGGUUUUGCGUCGCUGAUAUGCGAGGACACUGGAUCAAGAACGUCAGUGCUGGAGGAUGUACCAACCAUGAUACGUUCUACAACAAUCCCCAGUUUAGUUUCAUACUUCUUCAUCCAGACGAUGCUCAUUCAUCGGACUCCAGUAUGCGAGGGAAAUGUUCCAUCAUUAUUGCCGUCAUGCAGGAGUACCGACGCUCUAAGAAGAAUCUGGCUCCAAAGAGACAUCAAAUCGGCUUCAAGAUAUUUCAGACCGAUGACCCAAGCAGACCACAGAGUAGACACGAGAUGGAACAAGCCGACGAGGUCGGUAGAUCUGGUUCAUUCAUCAACUACAGGCAGGUGUAUAGACGCUUCACCCUGUAUCCUGGAAGCUAUAGCAUCGUACCCUCAACCUUCUUGCCUAACACACCUUCGUCCUUCAUGGUGCGCCUUUUCACUGAGAAAAAAGCAAUUUUUCGAUCUUUGGGAUCCUUCAUUGGUGGUAACACCCGAUAAUUUUUUGUUGUACUGUGGCAGAGUUGUGGGGAUUUUUAGUAUACAAUGGAACAAAGGUCACACUGUUUUUCUUUUUUAAACUGUGUCCCUUCAAGGCGAUUCUUUGGAAAGGGGAAUAACAGAACAACAGCAAGUCCCACAACUAUGUGCGUAAAAGUGUGUGUUCUUAUAUCUUGUAUAAUGUCGAGUAAGAAAUAUAGUGUAUAAAACACUGUUUUUAACAGUUUGUUUGUAAACAAAUUUUGUGUACUCCACCAAAGAUCACUUCAAAAAUCUCAAACAUCCCAAGCUCUCUAUGGAUACCUUCAGUUAGCCAAAUAAAAUUUUAAAAAGGCCAAAUUACCCUUGGUUGAUUCUUUGAAGCAAUAAAACAAACCAUUGACGACCGGGUUUUUCUGAAUUCCCACAGGAAUUGGAAAUAAAUCUCCUCUUCUUGAUGAGCUAUUUUCAUUGUAUUUCAUCGACAGAUGACUUUCACAUAGCUGGGCGAGUUGGAACUUUGUCCUAUCCAGGCGUAAGGGUCUUAUCAGUUCUGAACAGAUGGUUUAAACUAUUUGAAAGGGAUUGUCUUCGCCCCCCCAAAAAAAAAAAGAGAAGAAAAUACCAUGAUUUAUAAAAUGUUGGAAACAGUACCAUGGUGUGAGCAAUAUUUUCUGCAAGUGCCAACAAAGGUUUUAAGUGCAUUAAUAGUUUUGUAAUUGGUUGAGGAGACUGAUGAGUGUAGAUUUUGUAUAUACUGUAAUCUGAAUUAAAAAAGCCUUAUUUAUUAAGUCUAUUUUCUUUCUAUUUGAAUUGAAUUGUAAAUUGGAGCAAAAUAAUAAUGUGAUAUUUUAAACUACAUACAGUUUUAUUUUGUAUAAAAUUAAUAUAUUUAUUUUUACACAAUGUACUGUAUGACAGAAUUAUUCAAUUUGCAUUUUUACUUCUCUUGACUCUUUGACUACAAAUGAGACCUCUUUUUUAAAGUCUAUGUGUAGUUUUUGUAGGCUACAAAACACAAUGUCCACAGAUUUACAUCAAACUCACACAGUUUGAAGAUAAUGAUGGUUCAAAGCUUCCUAUAAAAUAUUACAUACUGUAGUUUUUUGAGAAAUGAGUCAAACAAGUCACAACAAUAAUUUUGCAAAAAUUAU